GGUUUGUCGAACAAUACUUCGCCCGAUGGUCGCUGUGGCAGAGAUAACGGACAGUUUGUAUGUCCGCCUGGUUACUGCUGCAGCAACUGGGGCUACUGCGGGAGUAAUUCGACAUUCUGCGGUCAAGGUUGUCAAGACGACUUUGGGUUUUGCGCUCCAAGUUCUACUGCGCCGUCCGGCGCAGAAAGGACGUAUUCGCCAAUAGGCCUCUGUGGACUAGAGAACGGCUUCUUUUGUCGGACUGAUGAAGAGGCGCGAUGCUGUUCACAGUACGGAUACUGCGGCUCGACCGAUGAGUACUGUGGGCGCGGAUGCCAGGCUGCGUUCGGCGAGUGCUAUGAGCAAACUGGAGACGGUCGCUGUGGCGGAGGGCCAGAUGGACAGUCUUGCGCCGCCGGUGCGUGCUGUUCACCAGAUGGGUUCUGUGGUAGUGGGCUAGCAUGGUGCGGCGAAGGCUGUCAACCCAAGUUCGGUGCCUGCUAUGGCCUUGGCAAUUGUGGGGGUGCGUUCGAACUUGGAUGUGCUUCGAGUGACUGCUGCUCCGAGUGGGGAUACUGCGGUAACACUACGGAGUAUUGUGGUGAAGGAUGUCAGUCAGGUUUCGGGACGUCCUCUUCCACGACAUCAACUGCUUCGUCGACUUCUGCAAUACCGACAUUUGCCCCUGGUUCGGGAAGAUGCGGAGGGUCGACUAGUCUGCAAUGUGCGGCUGGGCUUUGUUGCUCUUUCGACGGGUUUUGUGGAAAUACUACUGACUACUGCGGCUUCGAUUGUCAGGAGUCAUUUGGACUUUGCGCGUCCGACAGACCAAAUGGUGCAUGCGGAGGGACCAAUCCGACAGUUUUCUGCCUCGAAAAUGCAUGUUGUUCUGCCGAUGGUUUCUGUGGCCAGACUGAAGAGUUCUGCGGUAAUGGCUGCGAUCCCAGAUAUGGACAGUGCAGCCCAUAUGUCCCUGAGGGCUUCUGCGGAGGGCCGAUUCCCGUGUUAUGUCCCGAGGGACUUUGCUGCUCCGGCGAUAGCAUCUGUGGCAACUCCACCGAGGCUUGUGGAACAGGUUGUCAGUCUGAUUUUGGGUUCUGUCCUGGGCCCUCUCCGACUGCGACUUCAGUCACUGCGACUACAGGUAAGAAAGAAUGGUGUAGGCACUCAGGCCAUGCUAAUUUGGCAUCUAGGGUGUUCCUGCAUGGUGACCACGACCGUCACUCCGACUUUGACCUCCACAACUACGCCAUCCUCUACGACGAGCUCCUCGACUCAAUCUAUGGACACGACACGCAGUAG